UAUCUUGUUCCUCUUUAAACUUUUCUGCCUUUGUGUGAAUCACGCAUUUUUCAUUGUGGGGGUAUAUAUUCAUUUUCACCAUGAGACACUUCAUGUUUGAGCUAUGCUUCUUCUCAACCUUCUUGCGUGUUGCAUUUGCUCUGAGCCCUAAUGGCGUCACUCUGCUUUCACUCUCCAAGCAUUGGACUUCUGUGCCUCCUUCCAUAUAUUCAAGCUGGAAUGUCUCUGAUUCAACACCAUGCUCAUGGGUAGGAAUCCAAUGCGAGAAGGCCCACAAUGUAAUUUCUCUGAACCUCACUUCUUUUUCCAUCUCUGGUCAAUUAGGCCCCGAAAUAGGACAAUUGAGUCAUUUGCAAUCCCUUGUGUUGUAUUCUAAUAGUCUUUCAGGAAGGAUUCCCACUGAGAUAAGCAAUUGUAGCAUGUUGAAGUAUUUGGACCUUUCCGAAAACAACUUUACAGGAAAAAUACCAAAUGGCUUAAGUAAUUGUAGUUUGCUUGAGCAUUUGGAUCUUUCCGAAAACAUUCUUAGUGGGAAAAUUCCGAAUAGCUUCAGAAGCUUACAAAAUCUGCAGCAUCUGUACAUUCAUUCCAAUUUUAUUCUCAGCGGUGAAAUCCCUGAAUACUUGUUCAAUUUUCCUCAGUUAGAUUCUUUGAUUUUGCAAAACAACAACCUAAGUGGUCCUAUUCCAAUGCAUAUUGGCAACAGCACCAAACUUAGGCUAUUGUAUUUGUACAAUAAUCAAUUAUCUGGGAUCAUACCCACAUCCAUUGGAAACUGCAGUGAAUUAGAGCAAGUGUUUCUAGGUGAGAACCAAUUACAAGGGAUGUUGCUUCAGAAUCUUGACAAUCUCCAGAAUCUUGAGUAUUUUAGUGUCAAACAUAAUAAUCUUGAGGGCCCAAUUCCGUUAGGUUCUGGAAAUUGUAAGAGCCUCUACUUUUUGGAUUUGUCAUUCAAUGUAUUUAGUGGGGAUAUUCCUACAGGAUUAAGGAAUUGCAGUGGCUUGGCCAACUUUUUUGCUGUCAAUAGCAACUUAGUAGGUUACGUACCAUCUUUCUUUGGCUCACUAAGCAAACUUUCUAUUCUUCGCCUUUCUCAAAACCAUUUGUCUGGACAAAUACCUCUGGAAAUUAGUCAUUGUAGGUCUUUGAAGGAGUUGCAUUUAGACAACAAUCAACUUGAGGGAGAAAUUCCUAGUGAGUUGGGAAUGCUAACUGAGUUGCAGAGUUUGCAAUUGUUUCACAACCAAUUGACAGGUGAAAUCCCGGUUAGCAUAUGGAAAAUUCCAAGUCUUAUGUCUAUUCAAUUGUACAAUAAUAAUUUUCAUGGGGAGAUACCUUUAGAAGUCGCUGGGUUAAAGCAGUUACAAAAUAUCUCAUUAGCUGUGAACAACUUCUCUGGUGUUAUACCUCAAAGUCUGGGAAUUAACAGUAGUUUGGUGUGGCUAGACUUGAGAAAUAACAAGUUUACUGGCAAUCUUCCUCCAAAUCUUUGUUUUGGAAUGAAAUUAGACAGGUUAAUUGUGGGUGAUAAUCAACUACAAGGCAACAUACCUUCCAGCAUAGGAGGCUGUACAACUCUUAAAAGGUUGAUUCUCAAAUCAAAUAAUUUUAUAGGUCCUCUUCCUGCUUUUGAAAGUAAUAUGAGUCUUAUAUACAUGGACAUAAACAAUAAUAGUGUUAGUGAAACAAUUCCAUCAAGUUUUGGGAAAUGCAAAAACCUCACUUAUAUUAAUUUGUCCAUGAACAAACUUGUUGGACUCAUACCACCAGAGUUGGGAAACCUUGUAAACCUUCAAGAGUUGGAUCUUUCUUAUAACAAUUUGGAAGGUCCUUUGCCAUCUCACUUGUCAAAUUGUAGCAAAAUGGAGUACUUUGAUGUAGGGUUCAAUUCCUUGAAUGGUUCAUUUCCAUCAAGUUUGACUUCUUGGACAGGGCUAUCAACUUUGAUCUUGAGAGAGAAUCAUUUUACUGGGGGUAUCCCUGCAUUCUUAUCAGAAUUUCAAAAGCUUUCUAACCUACAACUUGGGGGCAACUCAUUUGGAGGUGAAAUUCCUCACUCAAUUGGAUCUUUACAUAAUUUGCUGUACGGAUUGAAUUUUAGUGCUAAUGGACUAAUGGGUGAGAUUCCAUUAGAGAUGGGGGAACUGAAAAUGCUCCUAAGAUUGGAUUUGUCACUUAACAAUCUUUCCAAAAGCAUAGAAGUUCUUGAGCAACUCUCUUCACUAGUUGAAGUCAAUGUCUCAUUCAAUUCCUUUGUUGGUCCUGUACCAAAUACACUGAUGAAGUUGAUUAGUUCUUAUCCAUCAUCAUUCUUGGGUAAUCCUGGUUUAUGCAUUAAUUGUUUCUCCUCAGAUAGCCUAAAUUGCCCCAAGAAUGUCAGUUUGAGGCAUUGUGGCUACAUACCAAAUCAUCAAAAAGGAUUGAGUAAAUUGAAAAUCAUAACAAUAUCAGUUGGAUCUUCCAUUUUCAUUAUUCUUUUGGUUAUGCUAGGACUAGCUUUUAAGCUUCUUGUUGGCAAAAGAUCUCAGCAAAUUGUCAGAAUCUUUCCUAGUCAUGGUUCAUCUUCAAUUCUCAAGAAAGUAAUGAAUGCUACAGAAAAUCUAAAUGAUAGGUAUGUAAUUGGAAGAGGAGCUCAUGGAGUUGUCUACAAAGUUUCAUUAGAUUCCAAUAAUGUCUUUGCUUUGAAGAAAUUUCCAUUUCCCAACAAGGAAGAAGGAAGCAAUAGCAUGCAUAGAGAACUUGAAACCAUGGGGAAGAUUAGGCAUCGAAAUCUGGUAAAAUUAAAGAACUUCUGGUUGCAAAAGAACUAUGGCUUGAUCAUGUACACCUUCAUGGAAAAUGGAAGCCUGUAUGAUGUUUUGCAUGAAAUAAACCCACCACCAUUGUUGUUGUGGAGGGUUCGCUAUAAGAUAGCUUUUGGAAUUGCUCAAGGAUUGACAUAUCUCCAUUUUGAUUGUGAUCCAGUUAUAAUACAUCGAGAUAUCAAAUCCAGCAAUAUUCUUUUGGAUUAUGAUAUGGAGCCUCAUAUUGCUGAUUUUGGUAUUGCUAAGAUCUUGAAUGAAUCCUCUACUUCAACAAAGUCUGUAGUUGUUCCUGGUACAGUAGGGUACAUUGCACCAGAGAAUGCAUUUUCAACUAUAGUGAGCAGAAAAUCUGAUGUGUAUAGUUAUGGAGUAGUUUUGCUUGAGCUCAUAACCAGAAGGAAGGUAUUGGAUGCUUCAUUCAAGGACGGAAUAGAUAUAGUGGGUUGGGUCAAAGCUGCAUGGGAAGAAUCAAAAGAAAUUGAUGAGAUUGUUGAUCCAACCCUUGGUAAGGAACUUAUGGUUUCUAAUGUAAGGGAUCAAGUAGAACAAGUGCUUAUGGUGGCUUUGAGAUGUACUGAGAACGAUCCAAGUAUGAGGCCAACAAUGAGAGAAGUCAUCAACAAUUUGAUUAUUAGAAGCAAGCUUUUGGUAAGUAUUGAAAGCUAGAGAGCUCCAACCUUGUUUUCUUUUUCUUUUUUUGACUACUCACAGGUCUCCUUUGACAAUUUUGUUCAAGGUACAGUCAAGCAUUAAAUGUAAAUAUUUCUUCUAGUAAGAAUUUGAACCUUAGUUCCUUA